UAAAUAUUUCAGUGUUCAAUUUUUUGUAGAUUUUUUUUAUUGAAUUUUUUCCAUAAAAUAUUUUUAUUUAGUGCGUGAAGAGCAUCGUGAUUUAUUUCUCUGUAUAAUAUUAUCCAGAUAUGAUUCGUUUUCUCCUGUGCUGUGCCUUCGUGCUAGUGAGCGUGCAUGCUGCAUGCGAUCGGAGCUUAGCCGAUCUCUCUUACCGUCUCUCCGGUAGCGAUCUUCAGUGGCCUUGUCAAUCAACCAAGAACAUUUACGUCAGUUCUGGCAGAUACGUUCCAAAGAAUGUCAUCAUAACCAGAGCCCAAAUGUGGAACGAUCAAGUUAUAGUCGCCAUGCCCAGAUACAAACCAGGAGUACCAUUCACUCUCGGAAAGAUGUCUUUGGCCAAGGCUUCUAAAUGCAUCGCCACAUUAGCUCCAUUCCCAUGCUGGUCCAUGCAAGAAGAAGGCAACUGUGAAGCUUUGCAAAGCGUUGUUGAUAUUUUCCUCGAUCCCAUGGAUAUAUUGUGGGUUCUCGAUGUUGGUAUUGUUAACACAUUAGAACAACCCGUUCGCCGUUGCCCACCUAAAGUUGUGGCUGUGAAUAUGAAGACUGGAAAGGUUGUGAAAGUUGUCAGUCUUGAAGGAUUAGUCAGCGAUGCUAGCAGAUUGCAAUACAUUCUUGUAGAUUAUGAUGAAGAAGGCAAACCUUAUGUGUUUGUGAGCGAUGCCGGAACUAGAGCCAUUGUCGUGUUUGAUGUGUACGCCGGCCAAGGACAUCGUGUCGUUUUGCCCAAAGCAGUCACCGCCGGCUGUGCCCCCAAUGACGUUCUUUACAUCGCAUUAGUCCGUAAAUCUUGUGGCCAAACUGUCUUGUACUUCACCUACCUCAACAGCCCAAGAUUGUUCUCUAUCAAGGCCGCUUUACUCCGCAAGGGACAAGGUGCCGGUGCCGUAGUCGAUGUUGGACCCAAACCCAAUGGCCUACCAAUAGUUCUUCUGGGUACAGACAACGGAGCUGCCAUAUUCUUCAGAUUCAAGGGCCAAAGUGACGUGUACAUGUGGAACACUGAAACCUGUUUCAAGGAAUCCAAUUUCGUCGAAGUAUUGCCAGGAGGCGACUGCAGAUUGGCUACCCAAGUAUUGCCAGGAUUUAAAAAACUCAUGUGGGCGCUUGAAAGUAACUUCCAACAUUACAUCGCCGAUACGACGGGUUGCGUUGGCGCUAGUAUAAUGUUGAGGCCAGUUGUUAAAACUUGCGAUGCUUAG